AACACUCAUCUUGGGGCACUGAUUGAAUUAAGUUAAGUACCUCAUGGUAAAUUUAGGCCGACCGCGGAACUGUACGUAAAAGGUUGAAAAGAAAUUACACUAUUGAUAACUACAUGUCGGUGAAUGCAAAGGUUGAAGGUUCCGCGUUGCGCGCAGGCUGCCGGCCUCUCGAGCUCCCGGAAGGGCACUGACUGUGUCGCCGCGCGCGACCCCCCUCCCCCGACAGCCCUCCCGCGGAAACGUGUGAAUUUCGCGGGAAUUUGAACCGGCCAGGUUCGGGACAAAUCGCACAGUGAAACAUGAUUUUGCAAAGACUUAAUUAUUAAUUAAUGGAAAAUAAUGUUUAAUAAAACCUGUAGAAAACAUAAUUAAAAUAAUUUGUUGUAGUGCGGCGGAGGGACAUGCCACACCCGGCCGGAUCCUUCCGCCGGUGCAGCACUCGUUGCAUGGUGUUCGCCUCGUCGCACGCACUGCACUUUGAUGCGCGCACUAGCGCAUUCGGUGCACACGUUUUUACGAGAUGCUGAUGAGGCAUAGCGGUCUAUGCGACAGAGGAGCAUUGGCGGUCGGCGUCAAAUGGUGCUUACAUGCGUGGGGAAAAGAGCGGUGUACAAAGAAGGCUACUCAACAUAAAUCCUCUUGCAUUCUUUGUACCGUGUGGAAGCCACAGCUGGAACUUUGUAUUGGGAGAUGCUGCUUCAUCUUGUGCUCAAGCGCAGACAUUUUUUGGUCUUUUGCAAAGACUGUACACAGUUUUCUCUUGCUCAAGUGAACGAUGGGGUAUUCUGAAGUCGCAUGUACAUUUCUCUCAAACCUCUUUCCGAAACCAAAUGGGAGUGCAGAAUUGAAUCUGUAAAAGCUGUGAGGUAUCAGCUAAGCAAUGUUUGUGAUGCUUUGUCAAGUCUUCGUAAGAGUAACACAGACUGUGGUUUAAUAAGUGAGUGUCAAUCGUUAGAAAACGAAAUUACUACAUACUCUUGUGGUGUGGUACGAUAUUCUUGUCAAAAUAAACACCAUCAGUAAGGUAUGGCAAAACGUAAAUGUGCAUUUAGGUGUGGCAGUUAAGCACUUAAAAACAUUGAUCAAGUGGUUAGAUGAAUAUCGUCUGAGUGGCUUCAAUACGGCAGGGGGGGGACACUUCAUAGGGCAAGGCAAUCGCAUUUUUCCAGUUGCUAUACAGUUUUAUCCAACAUCUGAGCACGAAAAUUUUAAUCAAAAUACCACGUUGAUUAAAUAAAUAUUACAUUUGUUUUAACAUUUUAUCAAGUUUAUGGCAUAAAUUGGUAUUGUUGAAAUGAAAUUAAUAUAUUUACUUAAAAGAAAAUAAACAAAUUUUCGUUGGCAUGUUGAACCACUUGUUUAACCAACAACACCAUAAUUAAUGGCGUCGGCGUUGAAUUAAGUAAUAUUAGGUUUAAUAAAAAACUUUCUAAGGAAAUUUUGUUUCAAUCAUGUUGAAAUAGUAAUCUCGUUAAAUAAUAUCAAUGAUUUCAUGAACUACUUUAUAAAUCACUGUUGACUGUUAUGAAACAUGCCUGAUUCGGCUACGUGUUGUGUUAACUACUGGUACAACAAGAGAAGAGAUAAUAAUAAUUAAUUUUACUUUAAGUUUCCGCUUGACGAAAUUAGGAAGCAAGAACAUUCAUGGGGUACAACUUCCUGGGCUCGUCGAUGUUGGCAAGACUGGGGAGAUACAUUGAGACGAGUCAAGGCUUCUCGGUCAGAAUUGAGACAAACAAGAGGGGAAAACAAAAGUAUUAUGAAUGUACUGGAGGAGCGACCGUGAAGUCAUGCGUCGAGAAAUUAAAAAAGAACAGGUCGUCGCUUACAGCUGUGCGCGUCUUGUUGAUGGUGGGGCUCAACGAUAUCCUGAAAGGCACACGCUCAGACCACACAGCAAGGGAUUUUAGGAUCCUGCUGAGAAUGUUGAAGGAGAGGCAGUGCCAUGUGGUUGUGAUGCUUCUGCCACCGGUACCGCGCUUCCACCCGAGCAGCAGGGAGGAGCGGUACCGCGUGUGGCUAAACUACAAAAUGCAGAGAAUGGCAGAAAGUAUGAAUUUCCGUGUCUUGAAUGUGGAAGCCAUAUUCCGCACAUGGGAUGGAUCGGUGAAGUUGGAGUUCUUCGAAAGGUUCAUGGGCGCCAGCAGAAGGACGGACAACAUUCACUGGAAUACUCAGGGAAUGUUUGCAGUCAUGGGUUUUUUGAGAAACCAUCUGUAAUAUUACUUAUAAGGGCUAUUCUUCCGUUAAAAUAAAAACGAAGUAAUUAGUAAUUUAAUUUGUAACAUAUUUUCACAAUUGACCUUGCAAUUGCGAGUAUAAUUUUUAUGUAUUUGUUACAGUGCAGUUUCCUUAACCUCUGUAUGUAUUAUCUAGGAUUUUCAAGUUUUAUGUACGGCUAGUUAUAAGUUUCCUUUGUUAUUUUAUACUAGCUGAAAUAGUACCCGGCGUUUCCCGGGCUAAAGCCCCCUUCUUAGAAGAAUUUCCGAAAACUUAGUUUUAUAGUUGAUGGCUAUUAUGAAGGCAAGGUUUCAUAUAACAUUGUAUGGAUAUGCAAAUUAUCUAACUUUUUAGAUUUAUUUCUUUGAUGUAUUUAUCUUCUAUGGUCAUUACAUUUUUAUGGCAAUGUGA